AAAAAGAAAAAGAAAAAAAAAAAAAGAAUUGUAAUUCACACAGUACAGUACAUGUGUGGCCGGUGAGUCAUUCUCCAGCUAAUCUUGUCUCCGAAGGAUUUUUAUGGAAUCUUUGCCAUUUCUCAACUCCAAACCCAAAUUCAAGAACCCCUAACAAACGCAUCUUCUCUUCUCUUCUCACAUAAUUGUUGAAAAUCCUAAAAGAAAUUUUUUUUUUGCCCCCAAUCUCUAGCUCUAUAUAAUGUACCCUUUACAGAAAGCCGAAGAGAAGUGCUUCCAGAUAUCGUUCAAUCCUCACCAACACAUAAUCCCCGAAGAUCUGAUUUUUGGGCGCCAUGUUUCAGAGGAUCAACAACAUAAUAACAACAAUAAUUAUGGGGUCAACAACAACAACUUGCCCAAUAUUCGUAGGAGGAGGAAGCUGCAUCAUCAGCUUACAACUCAUUUGGAUAAUUUGCAUGCAAGUGGAGGAGUUUCUGAUCUAGAUCAUAACGCCAAAAUCAUGCAUAGAGAAAGGGAAAGGCAAAGAAGACAAGAAAUGGGUUCCCUUUAUAUGUCUCUCAGAACCCUACUUCCUCUUGAAUUUAUCAAGGGAAAACGGGCGAUAUCGGAUCAAAUGAAUGGGGCGGUGAAUUAUAUAAAGCAUCAAAAGAAGAAAAUCAAAGAGAUCGAAGCCAAAAGAGACGAAUUGAAGAAGCUGGAUGAUAAUAAUUGGAACAGAUUUGAGAAAUCAAGAGGGCAGACUCCAAUUUGCAGCUUUAAGAUCAGCUCCUUUGGUGGAGGACUUGAAAUCGUGAUCACGACCAGCGGUUUCAAUGGAUUUCCCCUCUCAAGAAUCUUGAAAGUGGUGGUUGAACAAGGGCUGGACGUAAUCAGUUGCAGUUCCAGCUCGGUGAACGAGAAAUCAAUCCACACCGUCCAAAUGGAGGUCCGUGAUUUGACUUCCCUCGAUCUCCCUCAGCUUGAGAAAAAGCUUACAGAAGCAGUGCCACUGCUGAGACCAGUGAUAGAUCAACAAUGUUAAGAACAAUAUUUGCAUACACACCGGUCGAUGCAAUGUGGCAGCGGCAGCAGCAACAAACGAUGGUGGUCAUGGUGUUCGAAGAAAAACUAUCACUAUUUCCCUUUUUGGAAUAAAAUUUAGCUGCACACUAACAAGUUAUAAGCUCUUAUAUAUUAUCUUUUUGAUGUAAAUAAGCUGUUACGAAAUAAAAUCGUAUGAAACCUUUUUUUUUUUUUGGAUUGAAAGGAACAUAUAUUUAUCACAUUUGUAGCUAUGGAGGUUGUUGAAAAUUAAACAAACCUAGAUUUUUGUGAGUGUAUUUGUAUAGUUGGAGUAUAGUGU